GAUUGUGAGUGGUUACACCGGGCUUGGACGUUUCAGGAAUUCAUGCUUGCUUCGAACCCAUGCUUUUUCUGGGGAACAACUGAGAUCUCUUGGCUACAAAUGGGAGGAGUAUUCUAUUUUACGGAUAUUUCUGAGUCAAAAUUGGGAAGAGCGAUCUCGUACGCCACGGCUUUUGGACAAAAAUAUGAUACUGCAUUUAGAACAUUCGUCACACCUUGGACCGACAUAAUGUCUCAGACAUCAUGGGCUUGGAUUUUGAGGAUUGAGAAUAUGUCCAGGCCUGAUCACUAUCAGCAUCCCUGUUUCCAAUGAACCAGGUCGUUGAUUCUGAUUUAUUUUCCGGGUAUUCUGUCAUGAAAAAUCUCCGAAUGAGGCGUUCAUCGACCAGUCAUGAUCAUGUCUAUGCGUUUUAUGGAGUUCUGGAAUUGAUUUAUCGAGUAACCCCGCCAUCGGCUAAUGAUGAACGACCCCUGGACUUAGUGUAUCUGGAUUUCUUUGUAUAUGUCACUGGUUGCCACAAUUUAUUUCUGCAUCUCAUUGCCGAUUCUGGACUUCACCAAGCACUUCCGGGAGGACCAUCUUGGCUGCCAGAUUGGAGCACGGCUUUAGAGAACCGUACCUGGUUGAGUCCCAGAUACAUACACAAGAUGGGCUCGGAGCGCAUGUCACAAGUCAUCAAGAGGCGGCACAUGAAUACACCAGUUGGGGAGAUAGAGAUGAUAUGUGUGGUUGAAGGACGUGUGUUGAAGGUUUCGGCGACUUUUCAUUCCAAAAUUACGUUCUUUAGGACGUUGGAAGAGCAAUACUGGCAAGAUUUCUUGGCCGUUGACGGUACAUCUCGAUCAAAUACAGCGGAUAACAACGAAUUCCGAGAGCAGAACGUGACCCGUUUAGCAGUCACGAGUUUAUUAUAUGAUUGGUUGAAGGCAAGUCCCUCCACCCGUGACUUCAUCAAGAAUCCCCUUUGGGCAACAAUGUCUGUAUUUGGUGCACCCGGCAACGAGCAUUUAAUGCCAGAAAUACUUGGCGGGCAACAUUGGCUAGUCAUAGGGGUGGGAAAAUUGCUCGUAUAUGUACAAACUGCACUGAACGAAUCUUGGUUCAGUGAUCCCGAGCAAGAUAGAACAAUUGCGACGCUACUGCUCGUUAAAGAGUUUUUGAAAGAUCCAGAGGCUCUCCAGGUAAUGCAAGAAAUCUACCAAAGCAUGUUAGGCAAGAGAAGCUUCCUCACAACAGAAGAUGGGGAAAUUGGCUCCGGUCCGUCAUUGAUGAAAGUCGGAGACAGAAUCGCUCAUAUUGCAGGCGUCGGACUUCCUAUGUUAUUGCGGCCUCAUGAGCCUGUCGAUGUAAUGGGAAACUACUAUUCUGUAGUAGGCCCUGUGUGUUUUUCUACGAAGCAUAUGGAACCAGUGAGCGUGGAUUGGGCUAAGAGGGAGACCAUUGCUUUAGUCUAACAGUUUGGUGGGUUUUGAAGGAAUCAAAUAUUUGAUACAAGAAAGGCUAUCACGCCUUUUGUGAGUACAGAGUCAUUAUCACUACACUGAAAACUAAUGUCAACGAUUUUCA